AUGAACCUACAUCAAAGGGAAGCAACAGAGAUCUAUUGUGAUAACAUGCUUGCUGUUGUAAUUGCAAAGAAUCCUGUCUUCCAUGGUAGAACCAAACAUUUUAGCAUCAAGCUACAUGUGGUAAGGGAGAUAGAACAAGCUCGAGAGGUGGAGUUGAUUUAUUGCAAUUCAGAGGAACAAGUUGCUGAUAUCUCCACAAAAGCCCUUAGAGUGUCAAGGUUUAUCAAACUAAGAAAGCAAAUGGGAUUGGGAGAGUACAAGGGGUACGCCGAGUUCACCGAAACAAAGGUCGUGAGCCCAAAUGCAAAAUUCGAAGUGGAGUUUGCUAAAGAUGGGCUGGUGCACAUAAGGAGCUGUACCACCAACAAGUACUUGAAGCGAACUCAUAAUCCUUCCAUCACCGGAAAACCAAAUGAGGAGUAUUGGAUUACUAUAACCGCCGAUAAGCCGCAAGAAGACCAAUCCAAGGAGUCAUGCACAUUGUUCAAGCCUAUCUUUGAAGACCCUGUAUAUGAAAAUUGUCGAUUUGUCCAUGUUCAAUCUGGAUGCUAUUUAUACUUAUGGCCAUUGGCUACAUCGGAACUCGGUCGUGGAGUGUUGGCAAACAAGAAUCAUGUUGCGGUUAAUGGCGAUGAUAUCUUCGAAGUUAUUGAUUGGGAGUCGUUGGUGAUUCUGCCCCGGUACGUUGCUUUCAAAGGAAACAAUGAUAUGUUCCUUCGUCUUACCCAGGUCGAGGGUCACCCAUAUUUAGAAUUCUCGGGUGCGGAUGUCGGUGCUGGAUCUGUGCCAAUGGAAGUUUUUUAUAUGAAGAAUGGAGACAUCCGGAUCAUGCCGCUUUCUUCCGAUCGGUUCUGGAGGCGUAGCCCGAAUUGGAUUUGGGCGGAUUCUAAUGACACUGAAGGAACCAAUAAGGACACUUUGUUUAGUGCCUUCAAAGUCGACAGCAAGACCAUAGCUCUGCUCAACUUGGGCAACAAUAAUUUCUGCAAGCGCCUCACGACCGAGGGAAAGACGAAUUGCCUUAAUGCAGCCGUCCCUUCUAUAACAAGAGAAGCCUUCUUAAUGGUUCAAGAGCCUGUGUUGUCAAGGCAGAUUUAUAAUCUCCGAUACGAUAUUGAAAAUGCUCGAGUCUAUAACGAAAUAGUCCGUGUUGUGGCGAAUAAUUCUGCCAUUAACCGUACCACUCAAGCCAGCACACUCGAUGUGAAACUUUCUUAUACGGAGACCAGUACCAGUACUUGGCUAGCUUAUUUUACGUUAGGCCUUGAAACCAAAGCCACCUUCCAAGUAGGGGUUCCAUUAAUCGGUAAAGCGGGAGUCGAAAUAUCUUCCAAAUACGAAACAGGAAUCGAGUGGGGAGAGACCAAGACGACAGUCACCAUGAUGGAAGUUAACCACCAAGUUCAAGUGCCACCGAUGACUAAGGUGACGGUGUAUCUAUUGAUGUCCCAUGGCGUGUGUGAUGUUCCCUUCGUAUUCACUCAAAGAGAUACUCUUUAUAAUGGGAACGUUGUCACAACUGAUGUCAUUGGUAACACUUACACUGGUGCUAAUUACUACAAUAUCCAAUAUGAUACCAAAGAAGAACCUCUCACCUCUUGA